UUUCCUUUUACAUCCAAAUACCCUUUGCCUUUGAAGUUUGAAGCUUUCAAACUGUUGGCAAUGUUGAAUCUUUUUUUUUUUUCAAAAUAUUUGACAGCCAACAUCCAUGAAUUAUUGUCUUUCUUCAUCAAUUUCUUUCCUUUUUGUAAAGGUUGAUCCUUUUUAUUCUACUCAAUUACAUAAAUUUCUACCCUUUCCUUUUAAAGAUUUUAUUUUGUCCUUUUUGUUGACCUUUACUUAUCUCCCUUUGUUCAUGUAAAAAGGGGUUUUUUUUUUUUUUUUCUUUUUGUGUGUGUUUAUUUGUUGAAGUUUCAAACAAUACCCUUUUCUUUCUAUAUAUGAAUUAAGUCUUUUUUUGGUUCAUUUCUUCUCCCUUUCUGUCGAUACCCUUUCUUUAUAGUAUCUCCCAAUAAAAAAAAUUGAAGGGAAUUGAGUAGGUGUUUUUAUCUCUAAGACUUUGAAGCAUAAAAAUGAUGAUGAUGACAAUGGAAGGAAUGAUGGAUCAGGGUGUAUUGGACGAUAUAAUAAGAAGGUUGUUGGAAGGUAAAGGAAGCAAACAGGUUCAGCUUUCUGAAGGAGAGAUCCGUCAGCUUUGUGUUAAUGCUCGUCAAAUCUUCCUUUCACAGCCUAACCUACUUCAGAUUCAUGCCCCCAUUAGAAUCUGUGGUGAUAUUCAUGGACAAUACCAAGAUCUCUUAAGACUCUUUGAGUUUGGUGGCUAUCCUCCUGCGACAAACUACCUGUUCCUUGGGGACUAUGUAGAUCGAGGCAAGCAAAGUUUGGAGACGAUUUGUUUGCUUUUGGCCUAUAAGAUACGGUAUCCCGACAAAGUUUUUCUCUUAAGGGGAAACCAUGAAGAUGCGAAGAUCAAUCGAAUUUACGGAUUUUAUGAUGAGUGUAAAAGGCGAUUCAAUGUUAGGCUUUGGAAAAUAUUUACAGAUUGCUUCAACAGUUUACCAGUGGCUGCACUUGUUGAUGAGAAGAUACUUUGUAUGCACGGAGGGUUGUCUCCAGAGUUGGAAAAUUUGGAUCAAAUAAAGGAAAUUCAAAGGCCAACAGAGGUUCCUGAUAAUGGUCUUCUCUGCGAUCUACUUUGGUCCGAUCCUGAUCCGAAGAUCGAGGGCUGGGCAGACAGCGAUAGAGGAAUUUCAUCUACUUUUGGAGCUGAUGUAGUUGCUGAAUUUUUGGACAAGAGUGACCUUGAUCUCAUUUGUCGAGGCCAUCAGGUUGUGGAGGACGGCUACGAGUUCUUCGCUAGCCGAAGAUUAGUAACAAUAUUUUCAGCUCCAAACUAUGGUGGAGAGUUUGACAAUGCUGGUGCUUUAUUGAGUGUUAAUGAAGAUCUUGUGUGCUCCUUUGAGAUACUGAAACCGGCUGAUAAUAAAUCGUUACCAAGCGGUUCUAAGCCCCUGAAGAAGCCACCAAAGAUGGGGAAGGUUUGAUGUUCCAUGAAUAGGGAUUGCUAGGGAUGUCAUUCUGCUCAAACCCGAAAUAUGACGAGUUGAAUUGAAAAAAAGUUCCGAUUACUUCAUUGUACGAGUAAACUUCCAUAAGAUUGCUACUCGCAAACGAAGUCGUCGGAAGAGUCUGUAAAUUAACCACCCAUUUUCCCUUCUGUGCAGUAACAAAUUUGUUUUUGCAUUGGACAUAGUUUUCUAAUCACUAUCAGUGUGCAAUCUAUGGAUGGAUCUGCCUUGAUUUGUGUUGAA